UUCGCAUUGAGCUUCCCUUACUUAUUGUGUAUGAACGGUUUCCAUAUCAAACCCCUACCUCAGACCCCAAGAGGCUUGCAGACCGAAAUUGAGCAUGGAGGCCGCGGCGAGAGACUGGUCCAAGAGCGAUGGCCACGGCGACUUCCAGAGAACGCGACCGGCUAGCCAUGCUGGCUCCUGGUACCUGGGCAAUGCUGCGCGGCUAUCCUCCCAACUCGACGAGUUUAUGAGCCGUGUGCCUAACAAGCUGGAUGGAAGGGACCUCCCCAUCCCAGGUGCUCGUGUGAUUAUUGCCCCGCACGCUGGCUACUCGUACUCUGGGCCAUGUGCUGCAUGGGCCUACAAAAUCCUAGACCUCGCAAACGUGAAGCGUGUCUUCCUCCUCGGUCCAUCCCAUACCUUCUACCUGAAGGGUUGCGCGCUGUCUACGUUCGGAAAGUACAGCACCCCAUUUGGGGAUCUAGUUGUGGAUGGCAAGGCCGUUGACGAGUUGAUGGAAGACCAAAAGUUCUCCCCGAUCCCUGUUGAAUAUGACAUCCGGGAGCAUUGUCUGGAGAUGCAUCUGCCUUACCUGUGGAAGAGACUUGAGCAGACGCUCGGUAGCGACAGCAGCCAGUUCCCGCCCAUCGUGCCGGUCUUAGUCGGAGACUUGUCUGCAGACGGGGAGAAGGCCGUUGGCUCACUCCUGGCCCCAUAUCUGGCGGACCCCAAAAACGCGUUCAUCAUCUCAUCAGACUUUUGUCAUUGGGGCAAGAACUACCACUAUCGGCCCCAGUUACACAAAGGCCUCGUCCGAGACCAGGACGCGCAGUGGGCGAGUCUCAAGAUCCAGCCAGGCUUCAAAACCAAAGCAGAUGGAAGCGAGCCAAGAGACGCUGAGGUACCUAUCCACGAAGUCAUCAAGGCGCUUGAUGAUUUGGUGAUGGACUCAAUCAAGACGGGCGACCACAGCGACUACUACAGCAUCCUCAAGGGAACCAACAACACGGUAUGUGGCAGACACCCGAUUGGAGUUGUACUGGCAGCCUUGGAGAAAAUGGGAGGUGCUCAGUCCGGGGGAAGUAAGGGCAAGUUCCAGUUUGUCCAGUAUCAGCGAAGUAAUCUGGUUGAGAAGCAAAGCGACUUUAGUGUGAGCUAUGUGUCAGCUUACUCUAUCCUCUGAAGCGGGUCUGAAGACGUGAUGGACCGAUACAGUGAGGAGAAGUGAGUACAAGUUUAGCACGGCCCGCAAGUUGGGUUGCGUUCGACGCGAGUAUGUGUAUAGGGACCUACGACAGCUAGAGUUACGGUCCAGAUGAAACAAAAUACCCAGGAAACCAGUCAGGACAGGCUCACAAGAAUAUACUCGGACCAUGUGUUCUGUCG